UUUUUCCAUUAUUAGUCACCAUUCUGUCACUUUGACGUUUUAAGGUUUUAAUACUUCUAAAUAAAAGAGAUGGUUUUUGAAGAAGGUAGAAUUAAACAAUGGCUAAUAAACUAUAUAAACCCUGGGAUGGCUUUCAAUGAUAUUAAAUCAGUUGUAACGCAUUACACAGCGUUGCAUCCAACAAAAGAAACUUACAUUUUUAACGAUGGUACCCCAAUGGAAUUAGUAAAUUUACAAGGAACCAUACCUGUAACGUAUAAAAGCGUAGUUUACAACAUCCCCAUUAUUAUUUGGCUAAUGGAUACACAUCCUCAACAUGCUCCAUUGUGUUAUGUAAAACCCACCCCAACAAUGAAUAUAAAGGUUUCUAAAUAUGUCGAUCAAAAUGGAAAGAUUUAUUUACCAUAUUUACAUGAAUGGGCUCAAGAUAAAUCAGAAUUAUUAGGAUUGGUACAGGUUAUGAUUGUUACAUUUAGUGAACAACCACCUGUUUUUGCGAAAGUUAAACCUAAAGAAGCGCUUUAUCACCCAUCAAUUAAUAACAGCUUCCCUAAUUCGGUCUUCAUGCAACAACCACCUUAUCCCACUCACAGUCCUUAUCCUCAACCUAGUUAUCAAGGGAUGAUGCCGCAAGCAGCGCAAAGUGGUUAUCCCCCUGGUGGUUAUCCACUUUACCCCACACCUUAUCCAGCUUAUCCACCACAACCAUCAUCAAUGAUUAAUACAGGGACAGGAACGAUAAAAGAAGAACAUAUUAAAGAAUCAUUAUUGACAGCUAUAGAAGAAAAAUUAAUGAGGCGCAUGAAAGAAGAGUUUCAACAAAACCAAGCUGAAUUGGAUACUUUGAAACGCACUCAAGAUGAAUUGAAACAAGGUAGCUUAAAAUUACAGGUGGUUUUGGAAAGAUUGGAAAAAGAAAAAAGUGAUUUGGAUAAAAAUAUUACGGUGCUCAAAGAUAAAGAACAAGAAUUGGAUAAAGCUAUUGAAAGAUUGAGUAAUCAGGAAUCAAUGGAUGUUGAUGAUGCUGUUAUUACAACCGCCCCAUUAUAUAAACAGCUUUUAAAUGCUUUUGCUGAAGAGGCAGCAUUAGAAGAUGCAAUAUAUUACAUGGGGGAAGCUUUAAGAAGUGGAGUGAUCGAUUUAGAAGUCUUUUUGCGUCAAGUCCGUACUUUAUCAAGAAAACAAUUUAUGCUGAGAGCUUUAAUGCAAAAAUGUCGACAAAAAGCGGGACUUACCGUUGUUUGAAUUUGCCAUUUAAAGUUAUAAAUUUAAAGAUUAAACAAAAUAUAACCUUUAUAAUAACGUUACAACGCCUAUUAUAUUAAAAAUCAAAUAGCAAAUACAUAUUUUAUUUAUUUUCUUAGCAAGCACGUAUUUAAAUUGCAUGAAAAUAAAUGCACAAAAAAAAUCUGAUAAGAAAUUAUAGAAGUUUGUAGAAAUAUAUAUAUAUCUAUA